AUGGCAGAGCACGUUGGCGAGCGAUUUUGUCACCAGCAACCUGGUCACACUGGACAGAGCAAGACAAACACAACAAAUGAGCCUUUGCGUGCUUUCAGCCUUAUUGCAUGGGGUCUCCCGGUAGCCCCAAAGUGCACAGAGCGAGCAGUGAAGAUUGCUAAUGCUAUUUCUAGCGACUACGAGCUUGUAGUGUUGCAGGAAAUUUGGCAUAUGCGAGAACGGCACCUCAUCAUUUUUAAAGCUCAAGAGAUUGGGUUCUACUAUUACCAUUACAUAAUCCGGCCCGGCUGUGGGAUUCCCAUUCCCAAUGGGGUGGAAGACCUUUUGCUCUUCAUGAGUCGGACUUUUGUUGGCAAUAAAGGUGUGGGUCUGCUCCGGAUCGAAACACCUGCUGGACAGAUUGACGUGUACGUAAUGCAUCUACUGGUCAAUUACAAUAUAAGAGGCAAACCUGGAAUAGGUGAUUUUUACCAAUUGCACCAAACUGAUCAGAGUUACGAAUUAACGCAGUUCAUUACGGCUACGAAUAAAAACAGGCUGACAAUUGUCUGUGGAGACUUUAAUUCAUCUCCUGAUUGUUUAGUACUGAAAAUACCACGUCAGUUGUUGUGUCUGAGAGACGCAUUUACCGAUGCAAGUAACGAUAUGGAUGGCUUGGCUUUUGCAUCACCUGAGAACAAGUUUUCGCAUAGAGAUCACCCCAUGCGAAUGGACUAUGUCAUGUACAAGAUUGCUAAGCAGCCAAAGAACAAGUCGGCUUGGCAUUUGGUGAAGAGCAGCAUCUUUAAAGGCUUCUUUAUCGAUGCUCAAGGUGAAAAAACGCCCUUGUCAGACCACUUUGGCGUCAGUGCGGAGUUUACAUUCAGUGAACCUAGAGCGCAUAGUUGCAAGCAGCUGGAUGGUUUCGAUGUUGUGACCACGAAUAUAGUGGAAUCAUUAGGUGUGACGAUAGAGCGCUCCUGUCCUUCGACAAAGUGCUCACACUGUGAUGCAAUAGAGCGAGAGCAGAGCGAGGAAGACAAAUUUACCGCGGACGCUACGUGUCUUCAAGAGUUGCAGAAUACGCUUUUUGCUGGCCGCAAUCAGGCAAUGUUGACACGGCAAAUUCGGCUUAGACGUGCCGUCGCAUUCUUCGUUGCAGAUCUAGCGGUUUUCAUGACUCACGUGAUGUCAAUCGUGGUGUCAAGCUGGUCCUGGGUUGUCGUGCUGCUGUUUGGUAUGAUCAGUGUGACCGAGUACAUUCUGACAUUCUAUUUCCUUACGUUUGAGUGCACAACGUUUAUUGAGCUCACGAUUGCAGCUCUCCCAAGCAUCGCCUACAGUAUUUACCAGCGUAAAAGCAAAUGA